GGAAUGGCGGCAUCAGGGUAUUCCCCAGUGAAGAGCAAGAGGAGGGCUAAGUCAUCUACCUCCUGAAGGCCCAGGGAACCAGCCUCUAGGUGAGAUUUCAGCAGUUCUGUACCACGAAGCUUCGUCCGCCUGCCCGGGACAAUGUCUGGACACCAAGCGGGCCGUCCCAGCACCGGCAACCGCAACGUGUCCUUCAUGGCCCAGACUCCAGGCUGGCCCCACGGCCCCAGCAUGACCGGGGCAAGCAACCUCAAGUGCUCUCGGACCCCGAGCGGCUCCGAGGCCAGCAGCAACCCUUCAGGGCCCACUGACACCCCGGGUUCCCCCAGGCUGCCGUUGAGGAGAAUCUGCAUGGGCCGGCCCUACAACUCCAAGUGCAUGGAGACGAGCCACCUGGCCAAGGGCCCCAAGGUGGCCAGAAAGCCCAUGUGUCGCAGCAAACCCCACUGCCUGCUCUGUACAGAUCGUCCCUUGGGUCCCUCUAACCCCACCUUCCUGGAUCAGCUCAUCAAAGGCAUCAGCUACCUCGACAGAUCCACCAAUGCCUUCUACAGCAACUACCCUAAGUCCCUGAACCUGCCGAGGCUUGCAGCCAACUAUCUGGAACGCGCCGCCAACUCCAUCCACCUGGACCACCUGGACCACGCCUCCCCACGCAGUUACUGUAACCACAGCAGCAGAGCGGCGGCCUUCGACUACCCCUGCGGCAGCACCACCGUGGUGCCGUCCGGAAGGGCUGUCAACGCUGUGCAGUACGUGGAUAACUCCGCCAACACGAGCUGCUUUCGCCGGUUUCAGAGCCGGAACCUCACUCCCAUCCUGCCCCAGAGGCCGGGGAUAAAGCUGCCUGAGCUCCCUCUGUUCGGCAACGGGAUCUUUUCCUUAGGUCGCCUGCCCAAGUUCUGGGAAGCAAUCCGCUCGGGCUGCAGAGCCCCGGAGCCCAUCUCUAAGCCCUCCAGCUGGUGGUGACAUCCACACCAACCGCGAAGACGGCACAUGUCCAUCCGGUCGCGGUUGCGGAAAAUAAAUUGUCUGUG